AGAUGAAAGAUUGCAUUCCAAGAGAACAAUAUCAACCUGAGCCGCAGCCUUGGCGUGCAAGUAGAGCCGGCGAUGAUGAACGCGGGUUGGACUUUGGCUGGAAAACGGUGCAGACUUGUGAAAGCCAAUGGAUGAAUGAGAUGUCUUUUUCGAACGUCGUAGAACUCUUCAGCUACAAAACACCUGACCAUUGUGUUACCUUCGCCACUGCCACGAUAUGGAAUCAGAUACUCACGAGCCUCGACACGAGCCAGACACUUUACGAAGAGACGGGGGGAGUGCUCAGGACAAAAGCAAUUGGAAGGGAAUUUUUGCAUUUACGAAAACGCCUCAUCUAUACGCACUUAUUCCUGCUGUGACCUUUUCAGUCGCGGCCGGGCUGUUACAACCAACUAUGGCAAUUGUCUUGGGCAAAUUCUUCAACAAUUUCUCAGAGUAUGCUGCAGGCCGCAUCGACGGAGCAACUCUGAUGAAAGACUGUCUGAUAGGUGUAUAUGCAUUGCUAGGUCUCGGGCCGUGCACGUUACUACUGAAAGGAGGCAUGUUCGUGUGCUGGGUCAAGUUUGGUGAGAUGCAGGCAAAGUCCGUCCGAGAGUUGCUAUUCUCUUCCUUGUUAGCCCGAGAUAUUGAGUGGUUCGACGUUCAGAGCACGGGAAUGCCAACGUCGCUCUCUCAAAUGCACAUACACAUUCAAGCAGUGCGCCUGGGCACUUCACAGCCUCUUGGCCUGUCCGUUUCUGCCCUGUUUCAAGCCUUAUCUUCCGUUGGACUCGCCUUCCACACGAAUUGGAGAUUGACAUUAGUCGUGCUAUCCACUAUUCCGGUCAUGUGUAUUGGGAUGGCCUUGCUGUCGCGUCCUCUACAGAAAUACAUCGACUACCACAAUGAAAAGCUUACCGCCGCAACGAGACUGGCGAAUAACUUCAUCUCAAACAUCCUUCUGGUCAAGUGUUUCAACACACAUGUCCAAGAAGGCCAAAGUUACGCUGUGGCGGUCGAAGAAGCAGCUCAACUCUGUCACAAGGCCUCCUUCUUCAGAGCAACACAAGUUGGCUAUGUUCGGUUCAUCAGCACCGUCAUGUUCCUCCAGGGUUUCUGGUAUGGUGGAGCUCAGAUCCACUCUGGCAAGACCAAUACCGGAAGGGUCAUUACGACUUUCUGGGGAUGUCUGAUUGCAGCCAAAUCGUUCGAGGACAUCCUCCCUCACAGUGUCGUUCUCCAUCAAGGUCAGACCGCAGCGCAGGCACUUGCAUCAGUCCUCGAAACAAUUGAUAAAGGAAAACCACAGAUCCGCAAAGUGGACGGCUUAUCACCGCGAUUCUGCGAAGGAAGCAUUGAAAUGUGUUCCAUAUCUUUUGCCCAUCCAUCAAGAUCCGAUAAGCUUGUACUCCAGGAGUGUUCUUUCUCAUUCCCUGCCGGACAAACCACUUUCAUCGUCGGCCAGAGCGGCUCAGGCAAAAGCACGGUUGGGAACCUGCUGAUGCGAUUUUAUGCAGCUCAAAAGGGAACAAUCACUAUCGACGGAAAUCACAUUCAAGACAUUGACACGAUCUGGCUUCGAAAUAACAUUACAUUCAUCCAACAACAUUGCACGUUGUUCAACGAGACCAUAUAUACGAAUGUCGCCCUGGGAAGCCAAGAGCACGAGCGUGUCACAGAUGCUCAAGUGACCAAAUGCUUGGAAUUCGCCGCUUUGCAAAGCACCAUAUCAGACUUAGCAAACGGCUACGAUACUUGUGUGGGUUCUGGUGGCUCUGCCUUAUCUGGUGGUCAGACGCAACGUGUUGCCAUUGCACGGGCGCGCUUGAGAAACGCUCCAAUCCUGAUUCUUGACGAAGCAACAAGCGCUCUUGAUAACCUGAGCAAGUCUUCGGUCAUGACGGCAAUCCGUACAUGGCGGUGUGGCAAGACAACCAUCAUCAUCACCCACGAUCUGGAUUCUAUCCGGAAAGACGAUUACAUGUAUGUCAUGGGUGCUGGGCGGAUUGUACAACAAGGACGUCGUGAUACGCUUGCGGACUUAGGCGGUGACCUAGCAGCCAACAGUCUGAGAGCGAAUCCUGGGCAAUCUUCACCACGGAGAUCCAAGCCACAAGUCUUAACAGAUCAGCUGCCAUCGUCCCGUGCAGGACGUUGGUCGCACAUGUCAGCUACUACCAUCAGAGCUGAUUCAGAUCUGGCUAUCCUUCAACUCUCCCAAACUGUUUUGGCAAUCGGCAACGUUGGCGACCGACUGGGGAAGGGGAUCUCAGCCAGUACUGGAGCUGCGUUGCAAAAUCUGAGACGAGAAUCUUUGUGUCGUGCUAAAGCCAUCUACUCUAUUGGGCCGGCGCAGCCUUUUGCAGAUAUGUUUCAGGAAACUUUGGUUGAGGCAUCACUCAACACACGCAAUUCGCGCAACGCCGGAUCAACCUGGACGGUCGAAAUUUCAACAGCGACAGAUAAUAAGCCGCUCCCCGUACCACCAUUUGCAAUUGAGCUAUGGGACACUGCGGCACCGUCGGCCACUGUGGCAAGAGCAUCGAGCACUUCCAUGCGAGCUAUACUGGUCAGUGUAUGGCCUGCUAACGACACAGCCAGUCAAUCCAAGCUCUUCCUGGGAUUUCUGGCAGUACUCGUUCACGCGGCCUCGCCACCAGCAUUUUCUUACGCUAUCAUCCAAAUUUUUGGCACCUUCUCCAUGACUGCCGGCUAUCGUCAGAGGGUGCUCUUGUAUUCGUUGGUUGUGCUUGGUAUCGCAGCUGUUGAUGGACUUGCAUGUUUCGCCAUGCAUCAUUUGCUAGAGUCUGUAAGCCAAAUAUGGGUGGAUAGGCUGAGGAAGGAGGCAGUGAGGCGCAUAUUACAGCAACCCAAGGGCUGGUUCGACGACAUCAGAAACAGGCCAUCUUUACUUCUAGCUUCGCUUGAUCACAACGCCGAGAAUGUGAAGACCAUUCUCGAUCGUUUUUCCGCGCAGAUUGUGGUUGUGGUUGCGAUGAUGGCUGCGGCUCUCCUGUGGUCCUUUGUUACCUGUUGGAAGAUGACCCUGGCCAGUCUGGCGGCUUCACCCAUUCUUUACGCCGUCACCAAGAGUUUUCAGCUAGUUUCCUCUCACUGGGAGAGACGCAUGGAUCCAGCAAAUGCCAAAAUUAAUGAUAUCCUUCUGGAAACAUUCUCAGACAUCAGAACGACUCGGUCACUCACAUUGGAGUCUCAUUUUCACAAAAAGUAUUCCGCCGCUAUCAACGAGGCAUUCUAUCUCGGAAGUCGGAGAGCGAUGUUCAGUGGCAUGUUUUUCGGCAUAUCCGACUCAGCGGUUACCCUCUUCACCUCGAUGAUUUUUUGGUAUGGUGCAUACCUUGUCAAGCACGAAGAAUGGCCGGUCAAGUCGAUAUUGACAGUAUUCGCCCUGCUGUUGUUCUGUACGGCAAGUGCCACUGCCGUUGCAACGUACAUACCACAAACCAGCGCAGCUACAGCUACUGCGGAUCGACUACUUCGAUUGGCUCGGAUGCCUAUUAUCUCACAUGAAGAUGCUGGGCUGUUCAACUUGGACAGGCACGACACAAGCAUACUUUCUGGGCCAAUACACUUCAUCAAUCAGACAUUCUAUUACCCCAGUCGACCGGAGGUGGCAGUUCUUCGUCGGUUGAAUCUCACUAUACCUUCUGGAAAAUGUACUGCCAUAGUUGGUGCAUCGGGCUCCGGCAAAUCUACCAUUGCAGCUCUCAUUCUGGGCCUGUACCCUCCGUCAACCGACAAUUUCGGUAUCUCAGACAGUCCACCUUCUCUCACCAUUUCUGGCCGAGAUAUCCGAACGUUGAAUCUUGCUACGCUUCGAUCUCUAAUUGCGAUUGUGCCACAGCCGCCUGUUCUCCUUCCAGCCACCGUUCGUGAGAAUAUCAUCUACGGCUUGGAACCUGGUUCAGACCUGGCGUCGGCAUCCCGCGUUGAGGCUAGCGCAUGCGCCGCUGGAAUCCACGAAUUUAUCCAGUCUCUACCCCAAGGAUAUGCAACUAUCAUUGGUGAUGGGGGUUUGGGCAUUUCGGGUGGACAAGCACAGCGCAUCGUGAUUGCAAGAGCUUUGAGUCGAGACCCGAAGAUCCUUAUCCUUGACGAGGCAACUAGUGCAUUAGACCAUGAGAGUGCUGAAACUGUUCAAAAGAGCAUCAUCGACCUGACCAGAAGGGAAGGUGGCAAGCUGACUGUGAUUGUUGUGACCCACGCACAGGAGAUGAUGAGCUUUGCUGAUCAUGUGGUUGUUUUGGACAAGGGUAGCAUGAUUGAAGAAGGGUCUUUUCAAGACUUGGUGAACAGAAAAGGAAAACUCUGGGAGCUGCUUAAGACUCAGAAGCGACCUCAGAACCUCGGCAGAGCAGAAUAAAUGAUGCUGUAGGGAUCUUCCAACAUGCAACACAGUCUUCGUUCCUGCAGCAAAGAUGACCGGCACAUGUCACCUAUAGGCAAGGGUGUUGGAAGAAAGACCGAGGCAAAUCGAGUUGUCAUGAGGGGUCAAUGACACCUGUGUGCAGACGUUUAGAUGUCUUUCUCCAUGAUAUGGAAACCUCUUUGCCUUACCCAGCAUCUACGCCCGACCUCGGCUUCCAGCUUCCCGGUUGGGAUACCCUUUUAACCCCAGAUUCCACGCUUUUGGCCCACCACACCGCACAAACGCCACGAAUGACAGCGACAUAUGCGGGUAACUACUGCU